GCCCCGCCCGCCGUCCCGCAGAGCGGUGUGGGAGCUGUAGUUCCCCGGUGACGCGGGCGCAUCGCCGCCGCCUCCUCCGCCGCUCCCGGCCGGCUCCGUGCGGGGCCAUGGCCGCCCGCUCCCUGCGGCGCCUCGGGGCUCUGCUGCCCGCGGGCGGCAAGGCCGGCCCGCAAAGYUUGUCUUYCAGAGGAUCCCCCUGUGCUUUCAGCACUGCAGCUCAGCAGAGAAGCACAGGAGAUGAGUGUGGCCCCGAAGAUCCCAGUGAGGAUCCCAAACCCCCCCUCCCUGACUGUGCCUUGGAGCACAAAGCYACCAAAUUGGAAGAGCAAGUCCGAGAUUUAACUGAGCGAUACCGGAAAGCUCUGGCAGAUUCCGAGAACGUCCGGAGGAGAACACAGAAGUUUGUGGAAGAUGCCAAACUCUUUGGGAUCCAGAGUUUCUGCAGGGACCUGGUGGAGGUAGCAGACAUCCUGGAGAAAACAGCCGAGAGCGCAGCGGGCGAGGCGGAGCCCAGCGACCCCAACCCGGCGCUGAAAAAAAUCUACGAGGGCCUGUCCCUGMUCGAGGCCAAGCUGCAGAGCGUGUUCGCCAAGCACGGCCUGCAGAAGAUGAACCCCGUGGGYGGCAGGUACGACCCCUACGAGCACGAGAUCAUCUGCCACGUGCCAGCCGAGGGYGUGCCGCCGGGCACGGUGGCGUUGGUGACGCAGGACGGCUACAAACUGCACGGCCGCACCAUCCGACACGCGCUGGUCGGGGUGGCCGUGGAGUCACACGAGUGAUGUGGCCCCACCCGGGAGCUUCCUGAGCUGGGGACGGUGCCAGCUGUGCCAGCUGUGUGUGUUUUGUUAUUUUUGUUAKUUAUUGAGCCGGGUUUGUGUGGCGGGAUGGUG